CCUCCGGGCUCGGAAGCGGCUCGCAGCGCUUGAAAAUUGGAGGCUUCCCGCUUGCAGGGUGGCGAAGGGCCGCGUCCCUGGGGCCAUGAGCCGCCUGGGCUCGGUGCAGCAGAAGGUGCCCUGCCUCUUCGUGACUCAAGUGAAGGAGGAGCCCUCGGCCAAGCGGGAGCGCCAGACUUUUAAAGUGUUGGCCACCAACUCAAUUAAUAAAAAGGCUUUAGCUGCAGAUAUAUACAGUGCAAUCCCAACAGAAAAGGUGGAUGGAACUUGCUGUUAUAUAACUGCAUACAAAGGUCAUCCAUACCUUUGGGCCCGACUUGAUAGAAAACCAAACAAGCAAGCCGAGAAGAAGUUUAAGCAGUUUAUGUACUCAGCAGAACGCUCAAAAGGAUUUACAUGGAAUAUUGAAGAUGAUUUCAGGUCUGUCCCUGAAUGCUGGAUUCCAGCCAAGGAAAUAGAGUACUACAAUGGAAAGCCUUUUCCUGAUGAAAAUGGACACAUUCCAGGUUGGGUGCCAGUAGAAAAAAACAGCAAACUAUAUUGUUGGCAUUCUUCUGCUGUUGAUUAUGAAUAUGAACUUGGUCUCAUUCUGAAGCAUCAUGCUGAGGAACCUGAUCUUCUAGAAAUCUGUUCAGUACCUUUAAGUGAAUUUACAGAGCAGACACUAGAACUUAUUGGAACAAAUAUUAAUGCAAAUCCAUAUGGCUUAGGAAAUAAGAAACAUCCUAUACACCUUCUUGUGCCACAUGGAACAUUUAAGAUUAAAAAUGCACCAUCAAUAAAUCACAAUGACAUAUUGGCUUGGCUUGAUGGAUGCAAAGAAGGGAAGAUUGAAGGAAUUGUGUGGCAUUGUCCUGAUGGAAAUUUAAUCAAGCUUCACAGACAUCAUCUUGGCUUGUCCUGGCCAAUUGCGGAUCCUUCUUUGGCAUCAAAACCAGUUACUGUCACUUUCAGUAGAGCCAAGUACAACUUUGAACCAAAGACUCUCUUUCAUUAUUUUUCAAAGUUGGAUGGACAAAGAUUUAGUAGUCUUAGAGAUAUAAUAAGUGACUUAUGACCGGGUCUCUUCAGAAAAUACAUUGAAUCAUCUUGUAUGUCUGCUUCUUCAUUUAUAAUAAUCUAAAGAGAUUUAAUUUUUUUGUUGAACUGUAAUAUAAAUUGUAUUAUGUCUACAUAUCCUUGACUAUAAAAUUAUACACACAUGUAUGUACACAGUACUUACUGUUUCACUCUCUAAAGAUGAAAUACGCAACAAUUUUUUAUUCAAGCAGUGAAAGUUAAGUAUUAGUCUCACAGGUUCUUUUAGUUUUAAACGUACAGAUACCUCAUUAAAAAAAAAUCUAAUAGUGUAUCCAUUUUUGCUGGCACUGUAAUAUUUUACUUUAGUAAAUUUUAUGCAGUGAAGGCAUAAAAAAGUAGGAAACUAUUAGAAACUAUACAACCUUAUAGUAAGAUAUUGUGGUAGUUUUUAUAUGCUGCUAGCAUCAUUGGAGAACAUAAUAUUUCAAUAUUAAUCAGUCAUGAAUAGUGUAAGUAGAACAUUUUACUUAAAAUAUAUAGAAUCAGUCUGAUUCUCUGCUUCCAUGCAUUUUUUUUUAGAAAGGAACACCUGCAGUAAUUAUGAACAGUUAAGGAACAACUCCCCAUUCUGGCAUCUCUUUUAAAAUGUUUAGAUAAGAUUCUUCAUUUAUAAAGAGAUUUUAAUUAUCUUAAAUAACUAAUAUUUGUAGGAGAACUUUAUUUACAUUAGGAUCAUGAACGGAUAUCUGCUAAUGCAGUGACUUAUUCUGCUAUGGCCCCUUUGGGCUCCUAAAAUCUGACGUAGAACAUCUAAUUUUCUGGAACACAUAUAAUGAAGCACAACUCCAAUCCUGUCAAAACAAAGUAGCAUUUUAUCUUAUUCAAGAUCAUCUAACUAAUGAAAAAUGAUCUUGAAGUUUGUAACACUUUUAUUCAAUAUAACUUGUCUUAAACAUUUUAAAUUAGGAAUGUUGUAUAUUGCUUUAGUCACAAUUCAUAUAUUCAAACAUAGAAAAAUAAAUAUUUUAAUAAAUUAGCACAAUUUAAAAACUAGCAAUUUUACAUUAUUAUAAUUCCUUUAAUCUUUUUUUACUUUUGUCUUUAAACUAGUGGAAGUAAUAAACCAGAUUAAUGAGGCAGGCACUUUGUUAAGACUUGAAAGAAACUGUAAAAGUUACAUACAGCAGAAAUAACUUGCAUUUUAUUGACUUUAAAAUAAGUGGGGAAAAUACCUCACUCAGCAUGCUUGUCUUCAUUUUCCAUGUCAAAUAUUUCAUUUAUAUCUAAAUACACAGUAUUGGCAAGUUUCUUGGAA